AUGGAUAAAAAGAGAAAUUCUUUAACAUUUGAAUCAGCAUUAACUUUGUUAAACAAGCAAACUAAAAUUGAAAUAGAAACUAAAGAAACAAAUAAAGAUUUUCAUGAAGAAAUAAAUCAAAAAAAAUAUAAGGCCAAUUCAAUUAAACAAGCAAUUGAUGCUAUUGACCGUUAUCUUCGUAUCCAUUCUCCUAUUUCCCAUAUUAAUUUACAUGACAAACAUAUGUUUCCAGAUUUAAUUAAUGUCCUACAUGGCAGAAUGAAAGACUUGCAAGAACGUGGAUUAGGAGAAGUAACUAGUUCAUUAGCUUUAAAUACUGAACAAAUGCAACAUUCAAAAAUGAACCUGAGAAUCUACUAUACCGAGUUGAAAACUGCUGCUCAAUGUUUACAAGAUAAUAAUAUUUCUGAACAAGCAAUUAUGCAAUUGACAGGACAUAAAAGUGUCGAAGGUGUUAGGGCAUAUAAAAAAAUUAAUGAAGAACAGAAAUCUUAUACAAUGAAUACUUUAAUUAAUAUUACUGAUAAUUCAAAAAAUAAUUCAGAACAUCCUUUACAAGAGAUCUCUUUUAAUUCUUUAAAUAAUAAUUCUCAAACUCCUAUAUUUAAUAAUUGUACUUUCUCAAAU